AUGUAUGGAAUAAAACACCUGCAUACCACACCUUAUCAUCCACAAGCCAAUGGUCUUGUCGAACGUCUACAUCGUCAGCUUGAAUCAGCACUUUUGUGUCACCAAAAAUCAUGGUACGACGCAUUGCCAACCGUUUUGCUCGGCUUACGUGCUGCUUGGAAAGACGACAUACAGACGAAACCGGCUGAAUUAGUAUACGGUGAGCCUAUCCGAUUACCUGGUGAGUUACUUAUUCCCACAAAUAAAAAAUCAUCUCAUGACAUUGUCAAUACCUUAAAACGUCAUUUUAAUUCAUUGGCACCGGCCGAAAUGUCGCGUCACGGCAAGCAUUCCGUUUUCUGUUCCAGAAGCCUUAGUACUUGCAGUUACGUACUGGUGCAAAAUGACCGGGUUGGACCAUCUUUCUCAGCGCCGUACGAAGGUCCAUAUCGUGUUGUAACGCGACACGAUAAAUACUUCAUCGUCAAUUUUCGUGGACAACAAAUUGCCACUUCAGUGGAUAGAUUGAAGCUGGUUUAG